AUGUCCACCGCACCCAAGAAAGAGUUCCUCUGCAUCCUGCCCGACAAGCCCGGCGCGCAGGCCAAGCGCCUGGAGGUUCGCCCCCUCCACCUCGAAGGCGUGAAGCCUCUCGUCGCAUCCGGUGCGGUCGUUGCCGGUGGUGAGUUUACAAUGAAUGGGUCGGGAGGCUGUGUCUUGCUAAUAGCUGGUACCUGUAGGCGCAAUGCUCAACGCACACCCCGCCGAAGGCGAAACCCCUCGUUCAAGGGAAGCAUGAUGAUGGUUGUUGCGGAUAGUGCGGAGCAGGCAUUUGAGCUGCUUAAGAAAGAUAUCUACGUUGUCUCCGGAGUGUGGGAUAUGGAUAAUGCGCAGAUUAUUCCGUACAAGUCUGCUGUUCGCGAGGCUCUGUAG